AAAAUAGUCUUUGACAAAGUUAUUCUGAAAAAAGUUAUGACGCAUUUAAGCACCAGCAGAUGGCAAUGACACUUUCGUUUGCGAAUUGACCCCGUAGAAGAAGAAACAAGACCAGCUGCAACGCAGAAGAAGAAGCGUGCUCGCUGGUGGCAACAUGUCCCUGUUUCUUGUGAACCGGUAUCUCGGAGAGGAGGAGGAUGAAAACAUCUCCAAGGAGCAUGCGUCCAAUGACUUAUUGGCGAAACUGCAGAAGAAAUCAAAACAAAAUCAGGAACAUAGUUUGAAAAACAAAACUGCAAAUCACACAGUAAAAGAGACGCAACGACACGAUGUAGUGAAGAAAAGAAAAUCACUCCCAGAAAGUAAUCAAGAAGCACAGCCCCGGAGGAAGAAAAAACUAGCGGCUGCGUCGUCGCGUGAUUUGGAAAGCAACAGUGGCUCAGCUAAAGGUCCGUCAGAUGCUUGUCUGACUCCCAGAGAUGGACAGAAGGAUGAAAAAGAAGAAGAAGCAACAGCAGCUCCAGAGGCAGAGAGUGAGAAGCCGCAAACCCCUGGAUUCACAGUUAUGGCUAGUUUUGAAAACAAACCUGUCCAAAAGGUUCACCGAGUCCUUCCUCAAUGGCUCGCUCAGCCUGACGUCUUUCAAAGGGAGAUUAAAAACAACCUAGUUCCAGUCUCUGACAUCCGAGGACUCUGCGCACCAAUAGUGCAAAAGCUACAUAAUAAUGGAAUUGACCACUUUUUUCCAGUGCAAGCAGAGGUGAUCCCCGCCAUCUUGGAAAACAUGCAGAAUGGGCUGCUGAUUGGACGUGGUGGCUACAAACCCAGGGAUCUGUGUGUGUCUGCCCCUACAGGCAGUGGCAAGACUUUAGCUUUUGUCCUACCCAUUAUACAACUGCUAAUGGAGCGCGUGGUGUGUGAAGUACGGGCUCUGGCCGUGUUGCCGACAAAGGAGCUUGCUCAGCAGGUUUUCAAGGUGUUCACGUCCUAUGCAGAAGGAACCCCUCUGAAAGUCGUGAUGGUGGCAGGUCAGAAGUCAUUCGCUGCCGAACAGGCCUCGCUUUCAGAAAUGAGAGGCAAUAAAAGACGCAGCUUGGCAGACAUUGUUGUGUCCACUCCUGGACGACUGGUUGAUCACAUUAACAAAAACUCGGGCUUUAGCUUAGAAAACCUUGUGUUUCUGGUGAUUGACGAGGCUGACAAGAUGAUUGACAGGAUGCAUCAGUCUUGGCUCAGACAGGUGGUGAAAGCGGUGUACAAAACGAAAAGUGACACGAGAAACAUAUCCACUUUCGCGAGGACUGAAGAUGUCUUCGUAACCGCAGCGAGUCUCUCUCCACCUCAGAUACCCUUACAGAAGCUGUUGUUCUCUGCCACACUUACUCAAAACCCGGAGAAGCUACAACAGCUAGGCCUGCACCAGCCCAGGCUCUUCACCUCCACUCGUAAUCACUCGGCACACGUCUGCAACCAAGACAGCUUUGACUUUCCCCAAGGUCUGACGGAGUUCUACGUACCCUGCACAUUAAGCAAAAAGCCACUGAUCCUUCUUCACUUCAUCCUAAGACUGAAGCUUAGCCCCAUCCUCUGUUUCACCAACUCUAGGGAGACGGCACACAGACUUUUCCUUCUGGUUCAGUUGUUCGGUGGAGUACAGGCUGCUGAGUUUUCCUCUCGUUUGUCUCCUGCCGAGAGAAAACACAAGCUGAAAGAGUUUGAACAAGGCAAGAUCCAACUACUGAUAAGCACAGAUGCAUCAGCCAGAGGCAUCGACAUCAAUCAAGUCAAAUGCGUUGUGAAUUACGACGCACCGCAAUACAUCAGGACGUACAUUCACAGGAUUGGAAGAACGGCGAGAGCAGGAAAAGCGGGCCUGGCAUUCACCUUUUUACUUGGAGUACAGGAGAAGAAUUUCCUUCAAAUGGUGACGAAUGCAGGAAGCCCCGGGAUACAGAAACAGAUUAUAAAGCCUGAGAACCUCAAGAGUAUGGAAGCCCGAUAUGAAGAAAUACUGCAAGAGUUGGCUAAGAUGAUAAAGAGUGAAAAAGUCUACUGAUGGACCCAACAUCAUCUUCCCGGGAAUCUGCUUGUCUGAAGGACAAAACUGUACAUGGGUACAGUGAGGGGCCACAGUGUAAAGGACAAAAACAACUCAAGCCCCCCCCCCACUGACUGGUUAUUGUGCCGGUGGUGACCCAUUAUUACAUCGCACCACAGAAUAUUUGGCGCUAACUCGCUGUAUUCACUGUAUGUAGCUCAUCUAUUAGCUCAAAAUUCAACCUUAACAGAAGUACACACGUACUCACACAUACAUAUAUAAUUGUGUUAUAUGACACAUGUCUGUGUACAUGUGUAUGUACAGUAAUGUGUUUUUUGUAUGACUGUACAUUUAUAUACAUUUUAUAUAUUUUAUACACAUAUGCAAAUAUCUGUGUAUAUUGAUCUAGAAUGAUCAAUACAUUAUAAUCUAAAAUGAAUGGGAAAAU